UUUUCUGCAACCAUCAUGCGCGCAGCUGUAAGUGAUGUAACUGUGACUUCUGCUCCAAAUGACCAUAUAUGGUUCGCUUUCACUUCCGGUCUGCGACGUGUGCAGCUGUGGGCUGAAAAACUUGUGGCUCAUUUUAUCAAACAGCUGCACAACUUGAGCUCUGCACUGCAGAAUUGUUCGAGAAGUCGUGCUGCAGUGUUUGAGGUGUUUAUCAAAGUCUGUGUGCGUCCAUUCGAGAAAGAGUCAGUGGAGGAGAUAGAACUCAUCGGAUUCACCUGCAGCUUCAUCAUGGCUGAUUCACAAGGAUCCAGAGAUGGAGAUUUUUCUCCAGGAUGCAGCCAUGACUCUAAACUUGCUGAAGCCUUCAACACAUUGAAAUCAAAUCUGAGGAAGAAGUUUGAGUGUUUGUAUGAGGGAAUAUCAAAGCAGGGAAACACAACACUCCUGAAUAAAAUCUACACAGAGCUCUACAUCACAGAAAGUGAAACUGGAGAGAUCAAUAAUGAGCAUGAGGUGAGACAGAUUGAGACACAGUCCAGGAGAUUAGAAACAAAGGACACACCGAUCAAAUGCAGUGACAUCUUUAGACCUUUACCUGGACAAGACAACCCCAUCAGAACUGUGCUGACAAAGGGAGUUGCUGGCAUUGAAAAAACAGUCUCUGUGCAGAAGUUCAUCCUGGACUGGGCUGAAGGGAAAGAGAAUCAGGACAUCCAGAUCAUAUUUCCACUUCCUUUCAGAGAGCUCAACUUGAUGAAGGACAAAACACUCAGUCUUUCAGAUCUUCUUCAUGUCUAUUUCCCUGAAACAAAAGAAAUGGAAAUAUCCAGUGAUAAGUAUAAAGUUUCAUUCAUCUUUGAUGGUCUGGAUGAGUGUCGUCUGUGUCUGGAUUUUCAGAGUGAUGUGAGGUUGUGUGAUGUGACCGAAUCAGCCUCAGUGGAUGUGCUGCUGACGAACCUCAUUACGGGAAAUCUGCUUCCCUCUGCUCUCAUCUGGAUCACCUCCAGACCAGCAGCAGCUGAUCUCAUCCCCUCCGAGUGUGUCCAUCGAGUGACAGAGGUAAGAGGUUUUAGUGAUCCACAGAAGGAGGAAUACUUCAGGAAGAGAAUCAGUGAUCAGAGUCUGGCCAAAAGGACCAUCAGAGACCUGAAGUCAUCAAGAAGCCUCUUUGCUAUGUGUCAAAUCCCAAUGUUCUGUUGUAUCACAGCCACUGUUCUAGAGAAGAUGCUGAGUGAAGCAGCAAGUGGAGAGAUUCCCAAGACUCUCACUCAAAUGUACACACACUUCCUGAUCCUUCAGACCAACAUCAAACAUAAGAAGGACAAUGAGAAUAAAUUGAAAGAUGAAGACAUGAUCUUAAAACUGGGGAAACUGGCCUAUCAGCACCUUGUGAAAGGAAACCUGAUCUUCUAUGAGGAAGACCUGAGAGAGUGUGGCAUUGAUGUGACAGAAGCAUCAGUGUACUCAGGAUUGUGCCCUCAGAUCUUCAGAGAGGAGUUGGGCUUGUAUCAAGGGAAAGUCUUCUGCUUUGGUCAUCUGAGCAUUCAGGAACAUCUAGCAGCUCUAUAUGUGCAUCUCUCCUUCAUAAACAAUAACAUCAAUGUGUUUGACCAGAACACCAAAGUUUCACUAUCGGAUCUCCAUCAGCGAGCUGUGGAUGAGGCUUUAGACAGCAAAAAUGGGCAUCUGGAUCUUUUCCUUCGUUUCCUUCUAGGUCUGUCAGUGAAGUCUAAUCAGAGUCUCUUACAAGAACUAAUGACACAGACAGGAAACCGCUCUCACAACAAUGAGAAAACUGUUUCCUAUAUUAAAAAGAAGAUCAGUGAGAAUCAUUCUCCAGAUAAAUACAUCAAUCUGUUUCACUGUUUGGAUGAACUGGGUGAUCUUUCACUUGUGAACGAAACUUUCCUUAAUUUGGGCUAUGGAGGAUUGAGUAAAGUGAAACGUUCCUCAUCUCAGUGGUCAGCUGUAGUUUUUGUGUUGAUGACCUCAGAGUGGGGAAAGUAUCAGCUUGAGUUGAACAGAUUAAUUGGAGAAAAAAAUAAUUAUGCAUUUGUCAACGUGAAUGCACAAAAUACACCAGAUGAAGUUCUACAGAAGAUGCUGCCUGUGGUUACAGCAACUAGAUCAGUUGUGUUGAGUAAUUGUGGUGUCACAGCUGAAGGUUGUGCUGCUCUGGCUUCAGCUCUGAGAUCAACUGCCUCACUCCUGAGAGAUCUGGAUCUGAAUUUUAAUAAUAUAGGAGACUCAGGAGUGAAGCUGCUCUCUGCUGGAUUGGAGAACCCUUACUGUAAACUGGAGACUUUGAGGUUGAGACAGUGUGGUGUUACUGAUGAAAGUUGUGCUGCUCUGGCUUCAGCUCUGAGAUCAAACCCCUCAAACCUAAGAAAACUAAAACUGACAGAGAAUAAACUUGGAGACUCAGGGGCGAAACUACUCUCUGCUGGACUGAAGAGUCCUCAUUGUAAACUGGAGGCACUGAAGUUGAAGGAUUGUGGUGUCACAGAAGAAGGUUGUGCUGCUCUGGCUUCAGCUCUGACAUCAAACCCCUCACACCUGAGAGAACUGGGUCUGGAUGGGAAUAAUAUAGGAAACUCAGGAGUGAAGCUGCUUUCUGCUGUACUGGAGAUCCCUCGCUUUAAAUUGGAGAAUUUGAGGUUGAUGGAUUGUGGUAUCACAGAAGAAGGUUGUGUUGCUCUGGCUUCAGCUCUGAGAUCAAACCCCUCACACCUGAGAGUACUGGUUCUGGAAGGGAAUAAACUAGGAAACUCAGGAGUGAAGCUGCUUUCUGAACUGAAGAAUAAUCCACAUUAUAAAUUGCAGCUACUAUGGACUGACUAUCAGACCAUCUGAUCUUCUGAUGGUGAAAAAGGAUCAACUACAGAGAUGCACGGUCAACAGAAUCAUCAGAGAUUGAAGAUACAUUGACUUCAGUGUUAAGUCAAUUAAAACUUAAUUUAGAUUUCAGAGCAGCAAAUGACAGUUUUUCAUUCAUAGAUUACCAUUUUAUUUGUUUAAACACUAGGGCUGCAACAAAUUAUCAAUAAAAUCUAUAAUAAUCUAUAAUGAAGAUCAUUGAAAACAAAUCACAUUAUCCAUUAGUCACGCCUGCCGAUUGUGCAUGGAAAACUUCAAAUUAAUUUCCAGUCUCAUCAAAUUACAGGCACAGAAUAACGCAUUUCUAUGGACAAAAUGCAUCUAAAAUAGCUGAGGUAAAAGAGUGAUAGGUACAUGAUCUAAUUUUUUAUUUUAAACUAAUGCAUUAGUGUAAUGUUUAACAUGGGUUGCCCUGUCAGGCACUUUGACAGAUGCAUGUGCUGUUUAAUGUGUGAUAUGUUUCCUCUCUGCAAUAUCCAUAUCUGUAAUUGUUACAAAUUCAUACAAGUAUAUCCAUUUUGCAUGCAGGCUCGUCCUGACAGUCUGUCUUAAAAUUCAGACUUAAAUGAAUGAGCGCUGACAUGUGCAUGAGAGAGAGAGACAAUUAAAAGUCUACAUGUAAUUGAAGUAUUUUAUGAGGCUAGUAACUAACAGCAUGUAAUUAAAUAUAAAUGCAAUAAAUUUCUUAAAUUUACAAGAUAAAUAAAUGACAGUAAGAAUUAAUGUGUUGUUUUUCUUUAUUAUCUUUAUUAUUAUCUUCACUUUUAAUGUAGAGAUUUAAACUGUCCUUUUGCUUUAUAACUCAUAUAUUGUAUAGCAUUGAUAUAGAUAUAUCCACUAUAUAGAUUUUCUUAACAUUCAGUUGGCAUGUUUGUUUGAAGGACAGCAUUGGGCAGGAUGUGGAAUAAUGUGUUUUGUCAAUAAAAUAAAAAGAAAAUUGGGCAUUUUAUCAGAUUAAUUGAAGAAAUAAUCGGCCAACUAAUCAAUUAUCAUAAUAUUUAUUAGUUGCAGCCCUAAUAAACACACAGUAUUAUUUAGAGAAAAUAUAGAGCCUGAAUAUGUUAGUCUUUGUGUUUUACCAGCAGAGGGAGACAAAGACUAAAGAAAGAUUCAUUUUUCAUGAUUAUGAAAAUUCAAGCUCGCUUUUGGAAGACAUGCAAUGGAAACUUGAGUGUAACUUGAGUAUCUUAUUUUUAAUGAUAGUUAUAUUGCAUUUGUACUAAUGUAUUUAGUAUUUCUUUUUAAAAUCAUAAAUGGUGGUAACAUUUUUAAAGUGUUGAUUUAAGGCUCAUUUAAAGUACUGUGAGAAUAUUAAUGUUUCCUCACAAGUCUAGGGUUUAAGGGGAGUAAUAAAAGAGAUUGUGGAGUUCCAUCA